AUGGCCUGUCCCAAAUUCCCCAACUUCACCGGCCUAGGCCACGGCCAGCCCACCGACACACGCACCUACUGGGUUCACAUGGACAAACCCGCCCAGGCGAAUUCCACCCCGGAAGUCCUCCACAAGGUCCACGCCGCAGUACAACGUCGCGAAUGCACGGUUUACACCUCAUGGGGCGCCAUCCCCGCGGCGAGAGCUGCGCCGACGGGCAAUGUGCUCAUCGGGUUCAAUGCGACGAACCACACCCCGGGUGGGAUCUUGGACGCCGCUGAGGCGCGAGUCAAGUACCUGAUUGAUUCGCAGUAUCAGGGGUCGCCGCAGGAAGCAGGUAAGUCGACCGUGGUGAUUAUGCCUUGA